AUGAAGCUCCUCCUUCCGUUCCUCGCCCUCUUCGCUCUCGUCGCUUCAAACCCUGUCCCCGAAGGUCUGCUCGACAACCUGCCAGUUUUGCAGCCAAGAGCCGAUGAGUGUGAGGCGUGCGCCACAAAUUACACGCUCUGCUACAAUCUAUGCUUCUACCAGCAGAUCCUGAACCAGGCUGUUUGUGCGGCGAGUUGUGGUGCUGCUAAGGGCUGUAAGGUGGAGGCAUGUGCCAAGUGUGAAGACUUCGCCAAGGAGCAUUGCAGUUCUUCUUCGUCUUAG